AUGCAUUCUACAAUCAUCCCUUGGGCCCUGCUUGCCGCAGUUCCUCUGGCUUCUGCCCGAUUCAGCCUUUCGCCUCUUCGCGCUCGCGCUGACGACUGUUGUCCCUGCCCCAAACCCGGCGAGGGCACGACUGUUACAGUUACGCAACCCGCCGCCACUGCUCCCGUUACCGUCACGAUCACUCAGAGUGCCCCUGCCGAGCCCGUCACUGUCACUGUCACCCAGACACCGUCUUCGCAGCAGCAAUCUACUGUUACCAAAAGCGUCACUGUCCAGCCUCAGCCUUCCAAGGAACCUGUCACCAUUACCAUUCGCCCUAAGCCGGACCAACCUCAAUCGCAGCCAGCUCAGUCUCAACCAGCUCAGUCUCAAUCAGCUCAAGAGUCUAAGGAGCCUGUUACCAUUACCAUCCGCCCUAAGCCGGACCAGCCUCAAUCGCAGCCAGCCCAGUCUCAGCCAGCCCAGUCUCAACCAGGUCAGGGUCCCAAGGAGCCGGUUACCAUUACCAUUCGCCCCAAGCCAGAGCAAUCGCAGUCUCAGCCCUCUCAGUCUCAGCCAGGCCAGGGUCCCAAGGAGCCUGUGACCAUCUCGAUUCGACCCAACCAGCCCGAGCAGCCCAACAGAGUCGUCGUGACCAAGACCGUCACUGCUCCUCAGCAGCAGCCCCAGGAGCCUGAAACCGUCACCGUCACCCAGGGCGACAGCACUUCGGCCCCCAGCAAGGCCCCCGUGACCAUUACCGUCCGUCCUGUUCCUGCCGAGAGCCCGUCUCGUCCCGAGGAGCCCGAGACCGCCUCCAAGACUGCCAGCAGCUCCCCCAAGGCGUCCAAGGAGCCCGUCACCAUCAGCAUCCGGCCCAUCAAUGGCACCCAGACGAUGCCCGCCGUCACCGUCACGGCCGCGCCCUCGACCGUCUGGAAGAGCCAGACCGAGUACCGCACCAUGACGCGCACCGUCGGCGGCAGCGGCAACGACGUCGAGAUCAUCAUCAUCAACAUCAUGACGGGCGAGUCCAUCUGCAAGAAAAAGGACAGCGGCGAGCCCUGCCCUCGCAAGUCGCCCGCGCUCAACCCCACCAGCCCCUGCCCGUCCAACACGACCAGCACGGCCACUGCUUUCAACACCGUCCUCGUCACAGUCAGCUCCAUCCCGAGCCAGAACGCGACAAUGAGCGCCAUGGGCACGGCCCCCGCCUCCAGCGGCGCUGCUGCUACUACUCAACCCGGCGGCAACCAGCCCGUGAGCAUCAUCAUCCGCCCUUCUCAGGUCCGCAAGCGCUGGUAA